AUGGCGAGUGUUGAGGAUGUUGCCGCGAGUUCGGUGGCGCAAGACGACCAGUAUGACGAUAUGGAGGAGCAGAUCCGCAACUCCAGUGUCGACGAGAUCCGUACGAGAUGCAUGCUGUUGAAUAAUGAUUUACAGGUGAUGAGAACGGAGUUCCAGCGGUUAAGUCAUGAACGCAACACCAUGCAGGAUAAAAUCAAGGACAACCAGGACAAAAUUGAGCAGAACAAGCAGCUGCCGUAUCUUGUUUCUAACAUUGUUGAGCUUUUGGACGUCGAAGCAAACGAUGCUGGUGAGGGUGCCAACGUAGACCUCCACGCGGCCCGAACCGGCAAGUCGGCAGUUAUCAAGACGUCUACACGCCAAACGGUGUUUUUGCCUUUGGUCGGUCUUGUUUCCCCCGAAGACCUUAAGCCCGGCGACCUCGUUGGUGUAAAUAAGGACUCGUACCUUGUUUUGGACAAGCUACCCGCAGAGUACGAUUCGCGGGUCAAGGCAAUGGAAGUUGACGAAAAGCCCACAGAAACUUAUUCGGAUAUUGGUGGUCUAGACAAGCAGAUCGAGGAGCUGGACGAGGCAGUGGUUUCGCCCAUGCGGCAAGCGGAAAAAUUCAAGUCCAUGGGCAUCAAGCCGCCCAAGGGUGCUCUCAUGUAUGGCCCUCCUGGUACGGGCAAAACGUUGCUUGCCCGUGCGUGUGCUGCUCAGACAAAUGCCACGUUUUUGAAACUGGCAGCCCCGCAGCUUGUGCAGAUGUUCAUUGGUGAUGGUGCCAAGUUGGUGCGAGAUGCGUUUGCUCUGGCCAAGGAGAAAGCCCCCACUGUUAUUUUCAUUGACGAGCUGGACGCAAUUGGAACCAAGCGGUUCGAUAGCGACAAAUCAGGUGACCGUGAGGUGCAACGCACUAUGUUGGAACUACUGAAUCAAUUAGACGGAUUUGGAUCUGAUGAUAGAGUUAAGGUGCUGGCGGCGACCAAUCGUGUGGACGUGCUUGAUCCAGCAUUGUUGCGAUCUGGCCGUCUCGACAGAAAGAUCGAGUUCCCUCUGCCCAACGAAGAGUCGCGUGCAGGUAUCCUCCAGAUCCAUUCACGACAAAUGGCAACCGCGGACGACAUCAAUUGGGAUGAGCUGGCUCGAUCCACCGACGAGUUCAACGGUGCACAACUCAAGGCAGUCUGUGUUGAAGCAGGUAUGAUUGCUCUGCGCACAGGAAAAAACAAAAUCACGCACGAGGACUUUGUAGAGGCAAUUGGGGAGGUCCAAGCUCGCAAAUCAAAGAGCGUGUCAUUCUAUGCCUAG